AUGCAGUUCUUAAGCUUGAAUUUGCUUCUUCUCCUCCCUUUUGUGGCGGGUGACCUUGCUCCACAGCCUGAGCCACUGCGCGCUGGGCCCAGCGACGUUGUUCCAGGCCAAUAUAUCGUCACUUUGAAAGAGGGCCUCAGCUCGGCGCAGAUCAGGGACCACAAGAAAUGGGUCAACUCCGUGCACCGGGCUAACCUUGACAGCUUUGCCGCUGGCGCUAGCGGAGUAGAGACCGAGGGUAUCAUGAAGCAUUUCCAUAUCCACAACCUGAACAUGUACUCCGGCGGUUUUGACGAGAAGACGGCGGAAGAACUUAGCCGCAACCCAUACGUCAAAUCGGUGCACCCGGACCAACACGUCUACCUCGCAAAGACGGUGACGCAGCCACAGGCACGCUGGGGCCUGGGCUACAUGUCCAGCAAGGGCAAGCCGGUCCCGCUGCACAGCACACUUGUAGACUACCUGUACGACGACAAGGCCGGAGAGGGUGUGUGGGCAUACGUCCUCGACACCGGUAUCAAUGUCAACCACGUCGAGUUCGAGGGACGCGGCAUCCUGGGCCACAACGCCAUCCCGAACAAACCACAUACUGACGAGUUCGGCCACGGGACGUACGUGGCGGGUAUCAUCGCCGGGAAGACAUACGGCGUUGCGAAGAAGGCGAACGUUGUGUCCGCAAAGGCCUUUGACACUGGCUCCAGCACGUACAACUACAUUCUUGAGACGUACGACUGGAUCGUCCGGAACAUAACCGACUCCAACCGUAAAAACAAGGCAGUUAUCAACCUCAGCAUCUCCGGCGCCAAGUACCAGCCCUUUGACGACGCCGUGGAAAACGCCUUCAAGGCCGGCAUCACCACCGUGGUAGCCGCCGGCAACGAUGGCAAAGACGCAAAGAACAACACCCCGGCCUCGUCACCUAACGCCAUCACCGUCGGCGCAGUCCGCUGGGAGAACACCCGCCCCAGCUUCUCGAACUACGGCAAGAUCGUGGACAUAUGGGCGCCCGGCGAGCUGAUCAAGUCGUGCUGGAAGGGCAGCAAUACCGCUACGUCCACGCAGUCAGGCACAUCCGCCGCGAGCCCUCACGUCGCCGGCCUGGUCGCCUACCUCAUGAGCUUCGAGAACCUGCCCUCUCCGUCGGCCGUGACCGCGCGAGUCCUCAACCUGACUAUCCCCAAUCUAGUCAAGGACGCAAAGGACAGCCCCAACCGCGUUGUCUAUAACGGCAUCCAGGAGCGCAAGUUCACGCUGCCUAAGGACUACUAA